AUGGCGUUGGACAAGCCACCGGACCAGCUGCCCGGGCCUCCUCCCCCUCUUCCCCCUCCUCCGUGUCGGGGGCCUGGGGGAGGGAGGCUCUCCAUCUUCUCUCUGUCCCCUGCUCCUCACACCAGAAGUGUGCCUUCCUCAGCUCCUCCCCCAGCCCUGGGGGCCCCCUGCCCAGCUGUGCAGACCCCAGGGGCUUCUCAGCCUAGACACAGUGCCCCGCCCACCCCAGCCACACCCCCAACACAGGCAGAGCCUGUGAUGAGACUCACGUCUGCUCCCCCUUCCUGGGGUUCCCACUCCACCCCACCCCUGGCCUCGGUGACUGCCCCUCCUUUGCGCCGAUGCCCCCAGGACAACCCUGGGCUGCGAAUAGGCCCUCUGAUCCCUGAGCAGGAUUAUGAGCGGCUGGAAGACUGUGACCCUGAGGGGUCCCAGGAUUCACCCGUUCACGGGGAGGAGCAGCAGCCCCUGCUUCAUGUGCCUGAAGGGCUCCGAGGCUCCUGGCACCACAUCCAGAACCUGGACAGCUUCUUCACCAAGAUCUACAGCUACCACCAGAGAAACGGCUUCGCCUGUAUCCUGCUGGAGGAUGCCUUCCAGCUGGGGCAAUUUGUUUUCAUCAUUGCCUUCACCACCUUCCUCCUGCGCUGCGUGGAUUACAACGUUCUCUUUGCCAACCAGCCAAAUAACCGGACAAGACCUGGGCUGCCACACAGCAAAGUUACUCUGUCGGAUGCCAUCCUACCCUCGUCCCAGUGUGCCCAGCGGAUCCACUCAAGCCCCCUGCUGGUCUUCCUUCUGAUCCUGGCUGCAGCCUUCUGGCUGGUCCAGCUGCUUCGCUCAGUCUGCAACCUCUUCAGCUACUGGGACAUCCAAGUGUUUUACAGGGAGGCCCUGCACAUCCCCCCGGAGGAGCUCAGCUCCGUGCCCUGGGCGGAGGUGCAAUCGCGCCUGCUGGCGCUGCAGAGGAGCGGGGGGCUGUGCGUGCAGCCGCGGCCGCUGACCGAGCUGGACGUCCACCACCGCAUCCUGCGCUACACCAACUACCAGGUGGCGCUGGCCAACAAGGGCCUGCUGCCGGCCCGCUGCGCGCUGCCCUGGGGAGGCGGCGCGGCCUUUCUGAGCCGCGGCCUGGCGCUCAACGUCGACCUCCUCCUCUUCCGAGGGCCCUUCUCGCUCUUCCGCGGGGGCUGGGAGCUGCCGGACGCCUACAAGCGCCACGACCAGCGGGGCACCCUGGCGGCGCGCUGGCGGCGCACGGUGCUGCUGCUGGCGGCCGUCAACCUGGCGCUGAGCCCGCUGGUGCUGGCCUGGCAGGUGCUGCACGCCUUCUACAGCCACGUGGAGCUGCUGCGGUCUUUCCUUCCGGACGAGCAGUGCCAGGGGCGUUCUCCGCAGCUCCUCUUGCAGUCGGCCUUGGCCCACAUGCAUUACCUCCCCGAGGAGCCCGGGGCUGCGGGUAGGGCCAGCGCGUACCCCCAGAUGGCGCGGCUGUUGCAGUACCGAGCGGUCUCCCUCCUGGAAGAGCUCCUGUCCCCUCUUCUCACCCCGUUGUUUCUGCUCUUUUGGUUUCGACCUCGCGCCCUGGAGAUUAUUGACUUUUUUCAUCAUUUCACUGUGGAUGUGGCCGGGGUUGGUGACAUCUGUUCCUUUGCCCUUAUGGACGUGAAGCGCCACGGCCACCCUCAGUGGCUCUCGGCGGGACAGACAGAGGCCUCGCAGUCUCAGCGCGCAGAGGACGGAAAGACUGAGCUCUCCCUGAUGAGGUUCUCCCUGGUGCACCCACAAUGGCGCCCCCCAGGGCACAGCUCCAAGUUCCUGGGGCAACUUCGAGGCCGGGUACAACAGGAUGCAGCCGCGUUGGGCGCCACUUCGGUUCGCAGUCCGGUCACCCCCGGGGUGCUCAGCGACUCCUCCUCACCUCUGCCUGAGGCCUUCCUGGCUAACCUCUUGGUGCACCCCCUGCUGCCCCCACGGGACCUGAGCCCCACAGCCCCCAGCCCAGCUGCAGCCACUGCCAGCCUCCUGGCCUCCAUUUCCCGAAUUGCCCAGGACCCCAGCUGUGUGUCCCCUGGGGGCACUGGGAGCCAGAAGCUGGCCCAGCUGCCAGAGCUUGCUUCUGCUGAGAUGAGUCUUCAUGCCAUCUACCUGCACCAGCUCCAUCAGCAGCAGCAGCAGGAACUGUGGGGCGAGGCCUCAGCCUCCUCCCUGUCCAGGCCCUGGUCCAGCCCCCCGCAGACACUGUCGCCUGAUGAGGAGAAGCCGUCCUGGUCCAGUGAUGGCUCCAGCCCUGCCUCCAGCCCCAGACAGCAGUGGAGAACCCAGAGGGCCCAGAAUCUGUUUCCUGGAGGGUUUCAGGAGACCACAGACACUCAGAAGGAGCCUGACCAGGCCCACAGCACUGACUGAGAGGGCUCCUCAGGGUACCCCAGCUUUUCCAGCCACAGGAGAUCAGAAGAGGUGGAGUAGAAGAACAUGUUGAGCCCUUCUUAGGGCCCCCCCAGAGAUGCUUUAGUUGGUCAGGACUUGGGGGUCAAUGAUGAACUCGCCCCAGAGAGCAGAGAAAGAGUAGGAGAGGGGAUGCCAAAGGCAUCUGGAAACAAGUCUUACAGACAAUGCUCACAUGGAGAGGAGAAGGGGACACCCCCAACUAGCUGCCCUGGAGCGGUUGCCUGGGAAGAAGUCCCUGAGUAUCCUCAAGGUGGGGGGC